AGACGCUUUAAAGGGAGCGCGCGGGAGUUGUCUUUCCGUCAUGUGCAAUGGCGGCUGCGCCGGGGCACGUUUUUCCCCACCAGGCCCAGCGCCCCCGCUCCGCGCCCUUCGGGCGCGCGCCCGGACAGCGAGCGCCGCUGUGGCGGCAGCCGCGGCGGAAGGAGAAGCGGAAGGAGAAGCCGAAGGCGGCGAAGGUGCAUUCUGCCGACUCGGAGACCGACGAGGCCGAAUGCGAGGCUUCUCCAGGCGGCUCAACUCCCAUCCGAUCGGCGCGGGAUUGGCACGUGCCGGACCUUAAGAUCCAGCAGCUGGUGGAGAGCACUCGCCAGGAGCUGCCGCGGGCCGCUUCGACCGGCCCAGCGAAGCCCAAGGCGGCGGUGUCGCCCUGCCAGGUGAACCGCCCCAUGCUGAGCUGCGGCCGCCUCAAGCGCCAGGACCGGGAGCUGGAGGCGCCGGAGGCCGCGAGCCCCGCGAGCCCGGCGAGUGUCCCAGCGCCCGGCAGCCCGGGCUUGAGCGCGUGGGAGGCCCAGGAGGCCUACGAGGCUAUGGAGAUGGAGCGGAUCAAGUUCUACUUCAGAAAACCUCUGGCAGAAGCGCCCUGCGAGAUGGCGAGAUGCGCUUCCAAGGAGAUGGCGAGAUGCGCUUCUGUUCCUCUGAAGAGAGGAAAGACGCCGGCGCGGGAGGUCGAGGUGCCAGUGACACUGAACUUUGUGGAGACAGGGGACAAGUACACCAUCCGGGUGGAUCCGGAUUUGCGUGUGGGCCCUGAUCGCGGCCCUGAUCGCGAGCCUGGGCAGUGCCUGAAAGGCAUCAUCGAGGAGAUUUCCGGCAUCGCGGCCUCUUGCCAGACGCUCUUCUGCAAUCGCUGCAAGAUGAGCAAUGACAGGCACACUUUGCGGUCCUACAACGCGCAUCAAGAUGUGGAGGUGCUGGUGCGCUUCAAGGGCUGCAGGCCCGGCAUCCUGCAGGCCAGCACUUUGAAGUGGCGGCAGCAGCAGGCGGUGCGGGAGCAGCGCCGGCAGCGUGCCAGGGCGCUCAGCGCUUCAGAGCCGAAGUGCCGGGUCAUGGAGUGCUGGCAGAGCUGCGUGGUGCCGCAGAACGGGACCUACUUCCAAUAUGCGAAGCGUGGCUUGGAGGGGAAGCUGGCCCAGCGCUUUGACCUCCAGUCUGACGGCAAGGCUGCGGAUCAGAGGACUCAGCUUUUCCACGACCCCUUUGUGAGCUUCGGGGACUACCACACCUGGCGUCCCGGGGCUGGCACAAGAGAGUGGGAUCGCAUCCGGAAUGGACCGGCCUACACGCAGAAGUUGGAGUUUGAAUGAGCUCCAAAGGCGGCGUGGCUAGUGCUGGCAAUCGGAUUCCCGCUGAUUCAUGAGCGGGAACUCUCCCACGAACCGCGUGCGAAUUGGUGCAGGUUUUGAUUUGGAUGAGCCAGGAGCGCUACUCUAGGAGGACACUUGGAUCGCGGCCU